ACCGGGAGCUCCUCCACCCAAAACCGUUGCUUUCGUGCAACACCACCACCACUACCCGUCAUACCUCCUUCAAUACCACCGCUUCCUGCUACGAACCCACUUUCUGUUCUCGACAUCCGUCCCAGUCCAAGUCCUGUUGCCAGUGCAUCUGAUUCAGUUCCGGCGGUUCCCGGUGCCUUUAUGGACGACCAUCCUCUCCACUGGGACGACCCUCUACUACUGCAUCAUAUUCCCUCGUUCCCAUCGGACGACUGGGAUUCCAUGAUGCCGGAUUUCGACCGAAGAGAUGAUUCUGAUGCUGUCCCCACGUCCAAAACUCUCCCCCACUUCGGCACCUUCGACCCCCAAAACCCGAAUCCCCUGCACCUCCUUCCGGUAGAUUCUUGUUUCCCUGCUUCGUCCCUUGUUUUUAAUGCCUCUGUGUUCUCUCCCAAUCAAAAUUUGAAUCAUGAUUCAAAUCCUUCGAAGCUAUCCCAGGAUUCCUAUCAAAGCAACUUAGACUUCGAUUGUGUGCAGUUGGAUCAGCUCAUUAGAGCUGCGGAGUUCGUCGAUUCAGGGCAGUUGCAGCUCGCGCAGGUGAUAUUGGAGCGGCUCAAUCAACGUCUGCAAUCUCCAGACGGAAAGCCACUCCAGAGAGCUGCCUUUUAUUUCAAAGAAGCCCUUCAGUUGCUUCUCACUGGCUCCAAUCGAACGGCCUAUUCCCCUACUUCAGCGACAUUUCAAAAGAUUAAAGCGUACAAGGCCUUCUGCGAGAUAUCUCCGAUCACUCCGUUCGCUAAUUUCACAACUAAUCAAGCGCUUCUUGAGACCUUGAACGGAGCAAGGUUCAUACAUGCCGUAGAUUUCGAGAUUGGGCUUGGAUUACAAUGGGCGUCGUUCAUGCAAGAGCUCGCGAACAGGUCGAAAGACUAUGACCUUCCUCUGUCUGCUCUCAGAGUUACCGCCGUUAUACCGGAAGAAUCUUUGAUUGAGGCGCAAUUGAUCAAGGAUAACCUGUGUCAGUUUGCGGACGAACUCGGAAUCCAUUUCCAGAUUGCGUUCGUGAGUGUUCGUAGUUUCGAAGCUUCAAUGUUCAAUGCGAUCAGGUUUAUCGAAGGUGAGACGAUCGCUAUCAAUCUUUCGCAGGGGAUCCUCGGGCAUCUUGCCUUGACGGAUUCGAUAACGCGAUUCUUCUGUCUUCUCCGGCAGAUCGCACCGCAGAUCGUACUAUUCGUUGACACAGAGGGGUGGAGAGAGGUAGGGCCCAGUUCGUUUCGCCGGAACUUCAUCAAGGGGCUUGAAUUGUACACUUCACUGCUGGAAUCGUUCGAAGCAUCUAACACCCGUGGACUCGAUUUCGUGCGGUUAAUCGAGAGGUAUCUUCUGCGGCCCAAGAUUUUUGUGGCGGUUGCUGCGGCAAGGAAUCGGUUGAGUUCGUCGUCAUGGUGGGAAGUGUUGGUCGGCGCUGGAAUGUUGCCGGUGGCGUUCAGUGAAAUCACGGAGUCUCAGGCUCAAUGUCUGGUGCAGAGGGAACAAGUGCGGGGUUUCUACGUGGCAAAGCGUCAGACGUCGAUGCUGCUAUGCUGGCAAGAUAAAGAACUGGUUGCCACGUCGGCAUGGAGGUGUUAGCUGACUCAUCGUUCUCAGCUCACUGUUAGCUGACUCAUCG